GUGUGUGUGAGUGAGUGAGAGAGCACAGUCAGAGAGCAGAGAGGCUGGAUCUGUGAAGCUGAACACGAGCUCUAGACUCUCAGAGUGUUUGUGCAAAAGCUGGACACAAUCAAGAUGCGACCCAGUUCCUGGAGCUUUUGUGUCUUCUUCUGUACUUGGACAUGGGGGCAAAGUAUGGGCCUAUCACGGAGACGGAGAGCCUGGGAGGAAAAGGGGGAAGAUGGUCCUAAAAAGUGCUCAUACACCUUCCUGGUCCCUGAGCAGAAGAUCACAGGGCCUAUCUGUGCAAGUCGCGGACCCUCGCUUCCAGACAAAGAUCGCGUAACCAGGAUGGACAUAGCAGAUGUCCGUGAGCUGAUGUCCAAGCAAAGACGCGAGAUAGACACCCUGCGGAUGGUGGUGGAUGUGGAUGGCAACAUGGUGAAUGAGAUGAAACUUCUGCGGAAGGAGUCUCGUAACAUGAAUUCCCGUGUCACACAGCUCUACAUGCAGCUUCUGCAUGAGAUCAUUCGCAAGCGGGAUAAUUCACUGGAGCUCGCACAACUUGAAGGCCGCAUCCUCAAUGCCACAGCAGAGGCAUUGCGGCUCUCAGUCCGCUACAGGGAUCUUGAGGCCCGAUUUGCCUCUCUUGCUGCUGUGGUCAAUAACCAGUCUGUUCUGAUUGGUGCUCUGGAAGAGAGGUGCUUACGGGUUUAUGGGAAUCACAGGCAGGAACCACUUCCCCCACCGCUUGUCCAGGUAGUUCCAGAGAACAUUCCAGUGCAUGUGCCCCGUUUUUCCAAUGAGAUCCCAAGGGUCCACAGCCGGGCUUUCCCCAGGGAGAGGGGAUCCAGAGCAGGACCAGAACCCACUACAAGUACCCUGGAACUCAAGCGACCACCGACUGGCAACUUCAGCUCUGAAGGUCCUUUCCGCGACUGCCUUCAUGCUAUGCAGGCUGGACAUGCCACUAGUGGAAUGUACCUUCUUAAACCAGAUGGGAGUGACAGGCCAACGCAAGCAUGGUGUGAACAAGAUGUGGACAAUGGAGGAUGGACCAUCAUCCAGAGAAGGAAGGAUGGAUCUGUUAACUUUUUCAGAAACUGGGAGAGUUAUAAGCAAGGUUUUGGCAACAUAGAUGGCGAGUACUGGCUGGGUCUGGAGAAUAUUUACAAUUUAGGCAAGCAGGGAGAUUACAAGUUGCUGGUGGAGCUUCAGGACUGGAUGGAAAAGAAAGUGUACGCAGCCUAUAGCAGCUUCCAUCUGGAGCCUGAGAGUGAAUCGUACCGCCUGCGUCUGGGCACUUACCAAGGCAAUGCUGGGGAUUCUUUAACCAGUCAUAAUGGCAAACAGUUCACCACGUUGGAUCGGGAUAAGGAUGCCUUCUCAGGAAACUGUGCUCACUUCCAUAAAGGUGGCUGGUGGUACAACGCAUGCGGCCAGACCAAUCUCAAUGGCGUGUGGUACUCUGGUGGUGUGUAUCGCAACAAGUUCCAAGACGGCAUCUUCUGGGCAGAAUAUGGAGGAGGCUUCUACUCUAUGAAAGCUGUGCGCAUGAUGAUCAGACCUAUUGACUGAAGCGGAAACAAAGCUGAAACCUGAAUAUAGUUUAACACCUCCAUCUUUGUGCAUAUUCAGUGGCAAAACUGGAAUGUUAGAAGAGCUGGGAGAGAAUUCUCAAUUCCACAUUCAAGUAGCUAAAAUCAGAAUCAGCUUCAGGAGCCCGGAUCUUUGGAGGGUUCUCUUGCACACAAGGCAUUUAUACAAACUUCGUUAUGAUUAGACAAGCCAUUUUAUGGUUGUAUUUCUCCAUGGGGGACACUGCUAAAAUGCCAUUGUGAUUUCAUGUGUUGUGUAUUUAAUUGUAUUUCUUUAAUUAUCCUUCCACUUUUCCUGCUAGGGGUUGUGGUAAUAGACAUUGUCACAAAGGUUUAGAUUUGGAUUUGUAUCCCUGGUCACACAUUCCAGCUCCUCCAUGUUGAUCCACAGAUAUUCCCAUCCAACUGUGAUAUAAUCUUUCUGGCAAGUCUUGGUUCUGCCCCAAGGUCUCCAUCCAGUGAGAUAUGACUGGUACAGCUCUAGCAGGAGCCUUGUAAGAUACCAAAACUCCCUGAACUGAUUCCUUAGAUUCUUUCUCUACCAGCAAAGUGAGAGUCCAUCUCAUCUCAUCUCAUUAUCUCUAGCCGCUUUAUCCUUCUACAGGGUCGCAGGCAAGCCGGAGCCUAUCCCAGCUGACUAUGGGCGAAAGGCGGGGUACACCCUGGACAAGUCGCCAGGUCAUCACAGGGCUGACACAUAGACACAGACAACCAUUCACACUCACACCUACGGUCAAUUUAGAGUCACCAGUUAACCUAACCUGCAUGUCUUUGGACUGUGGGGGAAACCGGAGCACCCGGAGGAAACCCACGCGGACACGGGGAGAACAUGCAAACUCCGCACAGAAAGGCCCUCGCCGGCCACGGGGCUCGAACCCAGGACCUUCUUGCUGUGAGGCGACAGCGCUAACCACUACACCACCGUGCCGCCAGUGAGAGUCCAAUUGACCAAAACCAGUUUCCAUUGCAAGGGUCUUGAUCAUCUAAGGGUGCUUUCACAUGGACAGUGGCUAGUCAGGUUGAAUUGAAACGUGGGUACACGUCCUCUGUUGGCGUGUUUUUUUAAGCAAGCAAGUUCCCAGCAAUCACACUUGGGUGUGUCCCAAAACAACCAGUACAAGAGUGUUUGAGUGAGAUCGUCUCAGUCUGCAUCCAAGUGAACUCAAGUGUGCUUUGGUUGACAUGAACAAGUGAUUCAGCUCUGAAUUGACCUGACUGUAGGAACUGACUCAAACAUGCUAUGUGUUUUGGACUGGUAUUGUACCCUACUCUAUCCUUCCUUUCACAUGUGGUAUACUUGUGAAAUCUAAAGACUAAAAGAAAGGACUGUAUCUGGUGAACCAAAAUACGCAAAAUCUGACAAAAAUACAGCAUAAGGAUGCUAUAAAUCCAAAUUGGUGACCAUUGAGAAGACCUUGAUGAAACCUAUCUUCAAAGUUGGUGAUAAAUACAAUAUGUAGAUAACAAUUCAGCUUCAGAAAGAGAUUUGGAAGCUGCAAGAUAGUAAAUGUUCUUCAGUCAUGCAUGUCAAAUUCAGAAGGAGAGCAGGAGAGAUUAUCCAGAUCUGUUCUCAGUUUAGGUUACUCUGUCUCUGCUGAAUAAAUAUCACUUUCAGUGAUGUACAUAACAGUUUAUAUAUUAUUUCUUCUCACGUUAAGCAACCCAGCCUACUUUAUGACUGCCUGGCGUUGCGUUCUAGACUUCCAUGGUUUAUUCAGGCCCAGGCAAACUCUGAUGAAGUCAGAGUUCUGUGGAAUAAAAACCCCUACCUCUUUGUGCAAUUAGUUUAAAUCAAAUCCAGUCCUGGAUGUUUUGGCCGUCUAAAAAAAAAAAGGCACACUAGUCGAAAAAGAAGAGAAAAAUAUGGCCUAAUUUUGGUUGUCUUUUGAGAUUUGAAGGAAGAAAAAAAAACAAAAGGAAACUGCAGACCAAGCAAAGGGCCUCCGAGGGGUACGAGCACAGACAAUGAGAAACAGAUUUCUCAAAACCCAAACAGAACUCGGAGAAAAAAAAUCAGGAAAGUGAUGAGAGUUGGUGGAGGUGGGGGAAGAUUGGUUAAAAAAGGAACGAAAUCAAACUUUGCUGAAGGUUAUUAUUUUUUUUUAUCCUGUUCUAAAAUACAAAGACGUUCACAUUCUUUCCAGGAGAAAGCACAAUGAAGGUUGUGUUUGAUCUCAGGAGUCAUGGUAAUCCCAAGCAAGGUCUAAACCACCCUGGAGACCAAUUCAUGGACCGCAAGGACUAAAAGGAGCCCUGGCGUCAAAAUAUUAUGCGUCCCUGACCUCAAAUCGGCUGUCAGGAGUAUCAUAUUGCUAGAACCUUCGAUAAGGAAAAUAAAGUGCUCUUGGAUACUGAUCAGUGUGGUGGAUCACUAUGUCAAUAUAUUUAGCUUAUUCAUACAUAUACAUGACCUGUAGGUCUGUCGAAAACAUCACUCAACACCACGGAGUUAGUUAAUAUCUCUGUGCUGACAGAAUGUGGAACUGGCUCCUGAAUUUUUUCGGUCUUUAUUUAAAGCUCUUCUAUGAAGCAGGACAUUCUGUGGUAAAAUAUUUUAGUGGGCUUGGAUUUUAUGGGGUGUUUGUAAGACACUUUUGUCUGGUAAUAACACGGAUUUUCUUUCUUUUUUUUGAAAUGGAAAGCGUUCUAUCAUUCCUGACACAGCAUGCCACAUGCCAAUUUGUCAAGAUCACAUUACUCAUUAAAACAAUGAUCUUCAAAUUGCAGCUUUUGUAGUCAUAUUUCCAUAAUUGAUCAUAACUAAGGUUUAAAGUUAAUCAGCUCUGAAUAGCGAGAAAAUAUAGUUGUUGUUUUUUUAAUGGUGAAAUGUUAUUGCUGACCUUAUAGUGACCAAUCUGACUGCAAACUACACACUUGUCAUGUUAAACGUAGCCGAGUUUAACAGAAAAACAGCUGGGAACUGAGUCACACACACACGGCAAUUUAAACUUUAAACACUUUUAUGGAGAGGUUUAUUGCUACAUAAACAUGUUUAAAACAGUUCCCUGAAAGUUUCAGAGAAAAGCAAUUACUCCGGAUUUAGAAAAUGGACUGUGAUCUUAACAGGGUCAUACAAAAUGCAGAAUUCAUCAUUUUGAAUUAGCUCAAAUUAGCCAUGCCCACAGAAUGAAUCUCAUGAUUAAAUAUGUAAGUGUUGAUGUUGAUGUGGUGAGGUUUUCUCUAAGGAGACAUUUACACCAAUUAGCCAUAAUAUUAUGAUGACUGACAAAUGAAGUGAAUAACGCUGAUUACUAUCCAUCCAGGACACUUUUUCAAUGGAAUAAAAACAUGUUCUAUUC